AUGGCGAUGGAAAUCGAGAACAAGGUCUCAAAGUGUUACACAUGUAGUUUACAUCAAAGAAAGCAAGCAAAGGAGCCGAUGAUUCCUCACGAACCACCUACAAGGCCAUGGGCCAAUAUAGGGACGGAUCAUUUUGAAUUGCAUAACAUACACUACAUAUGCACUGUGGAUUACUAUUCUAAGUGGAUUGAAGUAGAAGAACUUGAUCAUCUAGACAGCAGGAGCACAGUUAAAGUUCUCAAAGACCAGUUUUCUAAGUACGGGAUUCCUGAUGAAGUCAUCAGUGAUAAUAGACCCCAAUAUGCAUGUAAGGAAUUUGCAGAUUUUGCGAAGGACUAUGAAUUUUUACAUACCACUUCCAGCCCAACAUAUGCCCAGUCGAACGGGCAAAUAGAGAGAACCAUACAAACAGUCAAGAACAUUCUAGAGAAAUCAGAUCACGAGGAUCCAUAUAAGGGUCUAUUGAAUUACAGAAAUACACCACUUGAUGGAAUCAACAAAUCACCUGCACAGUUAAUGAUGGGGCGUAGACUGAAAACAAGUCUUCCAGCUACCGCUGACCUACUCAAACCACCUAGACAAGAAGAAAUUACAGAGAAACUAAAAAAAAUAAAGGAGAAGCAAAAGGAUUAUUAUGAUCAAAAGUGUUGCUCAGAACUCAAAUUAUUACAACAAGGAGACCAAGUCAGAGUUCAACUUGGAAAUGAAUGGAAACCAGCUGUUGUAGUGAAGAAACACACAACACCUCGAUCUUAUAUUAUACAGACGGAGCUAGGUAGAAAAUACAGGAGAAAUAGGAGAGACUUAAUUCUCACAAAAGCACCAAUGAGUGACUCCAAUGCUGAAACUGCAAGAAUUCCCAAUGAAUUUUACCAGGCCAAAGUACUGGCACAGAGACCGGAGACACUUCAGAGACACUCCGAAGCAACCAAGGAAUCAAGUCCAGUAAACAAAGAGCAACCUCAUGAAUGCAGAUACACCAAAUACAAAGACAAGACAAGACAGCCCUGUGGACCUGACUCCCCAAGAACCAGCUAA